AAAGGCCUGAUCUUCAUCUGAAGUGGGGCAUUGUAUUACUUACUUUUCCAAGUAUGGUUUCAUGUACUAAUCCUGAUAUGCCUUCGAGUAAAUUCGAGGGGGUUGAUAGAUUUAAGGAUAAGAUAGAGUCUUUGGCAACUACGUUUUCUCUUAGCAACAAUAUUAGUGUGAGGAGUCCCCUUCAGCCAUAGAGUGGGCCGAGAUUGAGAUGCCUCUGUUGUUCUAUGUACCAAUGAUCGUCUAUUGUUCAAACAUUUAUAUGUUGGGUACAUGCCAAAGUUCCCUGUCUACUGGACCUGAGAUCCUGUUAAGUAUCAUGAUUGGCCUAGAGACAUGAUGACUAACGAUGAUAAGAGGAUCGUGGGGAUCCUCGACCAACUUCCUCCACAACUCACUACUAAGAAAAUUGUUAAUGUUCUUGUUUCCUCGCAUCCUCGCACAGAUUUGUAUGGUAUCCUCUAUUUAUUUAAUUAUGGCCCACGUUGAAGCUAACCUUAGUAAGAAGAAUCUAUAUAGGGUCUUGUGGCAAAAGCUGAUUGCUGAGGGCAAGAUUGAAGCUAGGGACUUGAGGCGGAAGUAAAUUGUUGAGGGCAAGAUUGUUGGCAGUGGUGGAUCUUCUGCCGUUGUCGAUGUCCAAUCAACUAUGGUGGAACUUUGUCUCCCUGGAAAAAUGAAGAGGGAAAUGUCAUCCACUGAGCAACCUCUUAUUGAGGAAUCUACUGAGCGAGUUAGUGGAGGCCCUAACAGGGAUUGAUAGUUUUGUUGGGUACCGAGAUGCGUAUCCGCAAAGGUGUCAACAUCUCAUUGACAGAUGCUAAAGCUAGUAUUAUUAAUCGAUUAGAACCUAUAGUGGUCUUGGAUGCUUUCAUGGAGUUAUAAUGUUGCGCUUUAGUUUUGGGUCAGUAUUUUGGUUCUACCUUGGUUAAAGAGACUGAUGAAAGGGAGAAGAUGGAGGCCGAGUUGUUUGAAUUAAAAAGCAAAAUGUUUGAUUUGUCUAUCGAUGAAGGAAAUUUGGAAAAGGAAUUGUCAUCUAGCUUGAAUUCUUGGAAAAAUCGUUGUUUCCAGGCUAAAGAGAAAGAGAGGAGUGUUAGGCAUGAACUAAUGGAUAUGAGUGUUGCCCAUGUUGAAGAGAAACAUGCUUGGGAGAAAACAUCUUUGGAGCUUGUGGAGUUGCAACAAUACAUCUUGGUUGAGCAUGAGGAAGGUUUUCAUAAAGUGUUCUGGCAAGCUGCCCUACUAUUUGACAUCCUAGCCAACGAGCGAUUUGAUGUAAAAAAUGAUGUCUAUAAAAAGUCAUUGGUAUCAAUCAAUGACAUCCCUGAGGUUGACGUUGUUCCUCUGACUGAAGAGGGUGGUCGAGCCAAAGAGAAUGGCAAUGACAAUCAUACACUCCUAGUGGCAAUCUUGCCCCCAGUUUUUUUUGUAAAAGUUCUUUUGUCUAUUUGCUCACUAUUGACGGAUCCCAACCCUGAUGACUUGCUUAUGCCUGAAAUUGCACACACAUGUACAAGGCUGACAGGGUUAAGUAUGAAGCCACUGCUCCCAGUUGGACACAGAAAUAUGCUAUGGAUGAUAAUUCUCCUCCUGUAGCAGCUCAAUCAUGUUCUGAGGAAACAAAAGAUGCUUUUCAUGAAAUAUUGUCUUUACUUGUCAGUGAAACUGAACCAUGGUAAGUGAAUUAAUUAUCACUUGUGAGUAUUUCCUUUGAAGACAUUGGUCAUGGGAUGAAAUUGUAUUAUAAUGUCGCACAAGCUUUCUGCAUGUAGACAUGCUAUUCCAAAUGAGUGGUAAUUAAAGAAACUAUAGUUAUGAACAUGUAAUGGA